AUAAAAUGAAAUCAAUAUUGAAUAUAAACGAAGCACAAGAAUUGAGAUACUGGAAAGGAACCUGGAGACUAAUAGAAUUGUUGCAUAUCAUUCGUUGCCCAGCAAAAAUACUUGUUGAAUCUGGUAUAACAUCAAGAUAUUUAACCAGAACUAGUAAUAUUGA